AUGAACGGCGCCUCGGCAGCUCCUCGACAUGCAGACGAGGCCCCAGAACGUCUUCGACGAGCCGAGACCGUGCUACAGCAUCGCACAAGUCGCCUUGUGCUAGUGCUAGAGCAGUGCAUGGACUCGCACAACCACCAGGCCGUGCUCCGGACGGCUGAAGCAUUGGGUGUGCAGCACGUGUGGCUCAUUGCAGCCAAUUCGCAGCAGCUCAAGACGCAUUCGGACCAGAAACAGGGCAAGACAAGCAGCAGCAAGAAAAGCAGCAGCGGCAAGAAGAUCACUAAGAACUGUGCACUGUGGCUCACGGUACGCGAGUUCUCGAGCAUUGCAGCUUGUCUGGAGGCGCUGCGAGCGAGUGAAAUGACCAUCUGGGCGACGGACCUGUCGCCUCGAGCAGAGCCGCUCGUCAUUGGUAAUAAACCCACGGAGCUGCCAUCCCGCUUGGCACUUGUGAUUGGACGGGAGACGGAUGGUGUGAGCGUCGAGAUGCUGCGAGCGGCACAUCGACGUGUGUAUUUGCCGCUCUUUGGCUUUAGCGAGAGCCUUAACUUGUCCGUGGCCACAGCACUCGUGCUUCAGCGACUACUGGAUUGGUUUCCACACAUCCGUGGUGAUCUUGAUGAGCAUGAGAAGUGCGAGCUGCGUGAGAAAUGGUAUUCUCAGCUGAUAAGCACGCCGACGCAAGCAGCUCAGGCCGAGCCGUGGACCUCGGGCCGAGUGCCAAUCUGUCCGCUGACUGACUUGCGUCGCGAAAAGCACGACGCAUGGAUUCCGAAAAGCGUCCGGCGACGUGAGCAAGAUAUGCCGGAAGUGAGGGAGCGUCUAGGUAAGCGGAAGCAGUCCGAUGACGGGCAGGCGCACAGCAAAGCUGUAGUAAAAAGCGAAGAUGUGACAAGAACAGUCGGUGCAUAG